AUGGCAAACAGAAGCUCCCAUAAACUGGUGAUACUUGGAGAAUCAGCUGUUGGGAAAUCAAGCAUAGUCCUGAGACUCGUAAAGUGUCAGUUUAGUGAGUACCAAGAAGCUACUAUUGGGGCUGCCUAUUUGACACAGACGAUCGUCCUAAAUGAUCCUCCAGCAACCGUAAAGUUUGAGAUUUGGGAUACUGCUGGACAAGAGCGUUAUCAUAGUUUGGCCCCUAUGUACUACAGAGGAGCCCAGGCGGCAGUUGUCGUUUACGAUAUUACUAACCAGAACUCAUUCGAACGUGCAAAAUCCUGGGUUAAUGAACUUCAAGAAAAAGCGAAUACUAGUGGGGUGAUUGCACUUGCAGGAAACAAAGUGGAUCUCGAAGGACAGCGAGCUGUUUCGUUCGAGGAAGCACAAGAAUACGCCGAUAAAAAUAGAUUACUAUUUAUGGAGACGUCAGCCAAAAUUGCAACUAAUGUCUCCGAACUGUUCACUGCCAUAGCUCGGGAGUUACUUAAUCAUACAGAACCAUCUAGACCAUCUGGGGGACAACAGCUUACGCCAAACGAUUCGCCUACACAACAAAGACAGUGUUGUAGAUAG